GAUUUGGUAGUUCAUGAGGACGCGCCGCAACUAGCCGAGCCAGGAUCCACGGACUCGCCGAUCAGUCAGAUCACCGCUCUGCCAACCCUAUCCGAAGCGGCGAAAUUGGCCUUAAUCACGCAUACCGUCUCGGCUUACGCGGUAGCGUUACCGAAGACACACGCGCAGAAGCUCGCGGGUCGCCUCGCGGCCGACACGACGAGAUGGCUCAGCCACAUCUUCCGCUUCGUCGACUGCGCCUCCUCCUUCCACGAGGACCACCUCGAGGGGCUGGUCAGGGUGACGCGGCUCGCCCUACAUCGGAAAUACCCGCGGUACAUGGAGGAGGGCUUCACCGCCCUCGUGUCUCAGCCUCCCCUGAUUUACAGCUCCGUCGCUGCACCCAUGGGCGUCGUGCAGCAUUUGUGCAGACAGCUCUCCUUGCCGCUUCAUUGCAUAAGACCAAUCCCGCAUAACACUAUGUUCGGCUCGAGGCAUACUAUGGACGUCUCAGCGCUGGAACGACGCUUAGCGGAGGACACUCAGUCGAACAACGUAACGCCGUUGCUCGUCCUAGCCGAAGCCGGCUCGGUGUUGACGGGACAUUGCGACAAUAUUACGCGAUUACGAGCGAUAUGUGACAAAUAUAACGUCUGGCUGCACCUCAGAGGACAUUCGCUAGCUGCGCUCGCACUGAAUAAUUCGGCGAAGGAUCUGCCGUCGAAAAUAGCGGACAGCAUUACGUUACCGCUCGGAACGUGGCUUGGUAUACCGUCGCUACCGGUAGUC